UACAUAAUUUCUUUCAUUAACAAUUGGUUCUCUGACUUCUCUGCAACUUCUGUGUAUACAUUUACAUUACAUACCCUCCUCAAAUCAUGCACCUAACCUAUUCUGUUCUCUCUCCAUACAUGAUCACCUUUUUCUUCUUUCUUCUGAUCCCUUUUGCAUCUCCACUGUACUUCAACCUCCCAAAUAUUACCAAUGAUAACAACAGCUCCAUACACAUCACAGGAGACGCUUAUAUUUCAGAACAAGGCAUCCAAGUCACCCCAGAUCCAGAUGACUAUCAGAAUGCGUCGUCGUUAACCUGGAAAGGUGGUCGAGCCACGUAUGUCGAACCCCUGCACCUUUGGGACAGGGAUACAGGACAACUGGCGGACUUCAAUACCCAUUUCUCAUUCCUCAUAGCUCGAAGCUCGCUCACAGACUCUAUUGGCUUCGGGCUGGCCUUCUUCCUUGCUCCCAACGGCUCAAAUAUCCCCGAUAAUGCAUUGGGUGGUCGCCUUGGUCUCACCAACAAUGAAGAGGCGAAUGCUUUUGUUGCAGUGGAGUUUGAUACUUACAGGGACGAUCAGUGGGAAGCUGGCUAUCCUUUCAACCACGUAGGUAUCAAUAUCAACUCUUCAAGUUCUGUUACACAUAAGCCAUGGUAUGAUAUUUUCAAUAAUGGGACAACAAAUGAUGCUUGGAUUAGCUACGAUUCUAGCUCACAAAAUCUUAGUGUCGUGUUCACACUUGUUGGAGAAAAUUCCACAAUCGAAAAGCAUGACCUUGGUUGUGUAGUUGAUCUUAGAGAUAUCUUACCAGAAUGGGUUACUUUUGGCUUCUCAGCCUCAACGUCAAACCUCUUUGAAAAAAAUAGUAUCAAAUCGUGGGAGUUCAACUCGACUUCACUAAAUAUUGGUGAUGGGAAAGAGGAAAGCAAGACAGGACUAGUGGUGGGGUUGAGCGUUGGCUCAUGUGUUUUGGUGGUUGUGCUGGCUUUGGUUGGCAUUGUCUUGUGGAAGAGGAAAAGUAGAGGGGAAAGACGAGAAGAUGUCAUCGUUGAUUCGUCUAUCGGACAACGAGAAGAUCUCAUCGUUGAUCCGUCCUUGGAAGAAGAAUUUGGAAAGGGUAUGGGACCUCGGAAGUUUUCGUACAAUGAAUUGGCUCGUGCUACGAAUUACUUCGCAGAGGCUGAAAAGCUUGGAGAAGGAGGGUUUGGUGGGGUGUAUAGAGGUUUUUUGGGAGAAUUGAAGUCCUAUGUUGCUGUCAAAAGAAUAUCAAAGGGGUCUAAACAAGGGCUAAAGGAAUAUGCAGCAGAAGUAAAGAUUAUUGGUCAAUUGAGGCAUAGGAAUUUAGUUCGACUCAUUGGUUGGUGUCAUGAACAGAGUGAGCUACUAAUUGUUUAUGAGGUCAUGCAAAAUGGCAGCUUAGAUUCCCACCUCUUCAAAGAAAGAAGCUUGUUAUCAUGGGAAGUAAGGUACAGAAUUGCGCAAGACAUAGCUUCGGCAUUGCUCUAUUUACACGAAGAAUGGGAACAAUGGGUGGUGCACAGGGAUAUAAAAUCAAGCAAUGUUAUGUUAGAUUCAGAUUUCAAUGCCAAACUUGGGGAUUUUGGGUUAGCUAGGCUUAUUGACCACGGAAAAGGACCUUCGACAACAGAUGUUGCAGGGACUAUAGGUUACAUGGCUCCUGAAUACUUUACUACGUGGAAGGCCAGCAAGGAAACAGAUAUCUACAGCUUCGGGAUAGUUGUUUUGGAAAUAGCAUGUGGAAGAAAAUCUAUUGAUCCCAACUCCGAUGAGACUCAAAAAGUCUUGGUGAAUUGGAUGUGGGACCUUUAUGGAAGGGGAAGGCUUCUUGAAGCAGCGGACCAGAAACUAGGUGGAGAUUUUGACGAGCAAGAAAUGGAAUGCUUGAUGAUUGUUGGGCUUUGGUGUGCUCACCGAGAUCCCAAUCUCCGGCCAUCAAUAAGGCAAGCAGCUCAUGUCCUUAGUUUCGAAUCACCAUUGCCCGUUCUGAUAGACCCAACAUCUUUGGCUCUUCCAACAAAUAUAUAUGAUGGUACUUCUUCCAAGAGCAGCCAAAUCAAGUCUUCAAGCUAUAGUAGUCACAGCAAUAUUUCCUCAAAGACCACCACAACUUCUGCAGCUUCAAAUUCUCCAUCUGCGUCUCUUGUGCACAGAGAAUAAUUUAAUUUGAAGAAUAUCUAGCACAACUUUAAUUUAAUCUCUAAGUGCGCAGGAGACUCAAGAAAUCUGUUUUGUUCUCAAAAAAAAAAAAGUAGAAGUGGAAAAGUUAUAUAAUCUUUGUGGUUUUAUAAUUCAUUUUCGAAA